AUGACGAGUGAAGAGUCGUCGAUGGCGGAGUGCCUCGGUCUCCGCGGUCGGUCCGGACCGCACGCCGCGGUCUCCCGCAGCCGCACGCGCCGCCACUUCGCGUUCAAGAGCGCGGCUUUGCUCCCAAGUGGGCUGACGAUUUCACCGAGUGUCACCGCACAACCCCGUGGCAUGAUAGACGAUCGUAUACUAUCAGAUUUG